GGCUAGGGUCACAGAACACUUUUACUCUAACGAGGUGCUCGUUGUAUGUAUACUUGUGAAGUGGCACCAUUAAAUAUAAAUCAAUACGUGAUCAAUAUUCAAUACAUACAUGUUACACUAUCUACCUCAGUACUAUAGUUUCAAAGUUCAAACGAGUAAGACCAAUAGUGUUCUGUGGACACACAACUCACAAGUUCAAACUUCAUUUCUAAAGUUAGAAAUAGAAAAUGUUUUUUGAUAUAAAUUGAUAAAUAUAGGUUUGGUUACUUAAAAAAAUCAGGUUUAGUUUAAUUUGAGAAAGCUUUUUACAUAAACAAUAAUUUAUAAUUCAUGAUAAAAUAUAUAAAAAAAUGGGGAUUUUAACUUUUAUAUUUAAAAAGAUAUUUCGGAUAAGCUUAUAUUUAGCGGCUUUGGCUGUUCUUAUUGUCCUUAUUCCGAAUCUUCCACCUUACACGAAGUUUUCAAGCAUUACUUUAGUGCCAACCAAAGAGAAGACUGACCAAUUAUCACCAAAUAGUGCCUUAAAUAAUGUACAAAAGUUGUACAAAAACAAUUUGUUGGGGCCAGAAGCUUUUCAGGUUUGGAAAAAUGAAAUAUACACAUCUCUUGCGACUGGUGAAAUUGUUAAAUUGUCUCCUGGUGGUCAUGUUACCUUUGUGACCAAAAUUGGAAAGCCUUGCACGGGCUUAGCUCAAGAACAUAUUUGUGGAAGGCCACUUGGUUUUAUAAUAGAUGAGAGAAACAAUUAUAUGUAUGUAGCAGAUGCAUAUUACGGUAUUUGGAAAGUUGAUCUCAAAAGUGAUAAAAAGCAACUUUUAGUAUCACCACAAACUCAAAUUGAGGGUAGAACAACAAAACUGUUCAAUUCGGUUGCAUUGGAUAAUAACAAUGGGUUAUACUGGACUGACUCAAGUGCAGAUUUUAUGUUAAAAGACGGUGUUUUCACUACUUUAUCUGAUCCUUCUGGAAGAUUACUCUACUAUAAUCUGGCCACCAAGGAAAAUAAAGUUCUACUGGACAAUAUUUGGUUUCCCAAUGGAAUUGCUGUGUCACCUGACAACAGCUUUAUUGUUCUAGUGGAAACAUUGAAAUAUAGGCUUCUUAAAUAUUAUAUUGCGGGGCCGAAGAAAGGUACAACCGAAGUGUUCUACGAUGGACUUCCAGGUGUUCCCGAUAACAUCCGUGUCUUGCCAGAUGGCUCUGGUGUUCAGGUCGCUUUGUAUUUAGUAUUUGAUGCAAAUAAUCCCCUGCUCAUGAGAAGUCUUGCUCCAGCUCCUAUCGUGAGGAAACUGUUUGCACGCGUAUUCAGACUACUAGAGCUGCCUUUUGAGUACCUAAACACUCAGUUUCCUCAUCCCAUAUUUGAGGAUAUAGUAUAUAAAAUUGGACAUUUUGGCGGUUUGAAAUUGUUAUCUACGGGUGAAACAGGUUUAGUUCUGCUUGAUUGGAGCGGAAACGUCUUAGAAGCUUAUUAUAACAAUGAUGGCAGUGUUACUCAUAUAAGUGAUGCUAUCGUUUAUAAUGAUAAAUUGUUACUUGGCUGUCCCCACCAUCAAAAUUUCGUAGGCGCUGUUCCAGCCCCCGAGUUUCUGAAAAGAGCUUACUUAGCUAAAGAUAAUAAAGGUAACAAACAAAAUGAAGUUAAAACAAAGCAGUCGAAGUCUAGCGAAAACAAAGUAAAAGAAAGCAAUAAUGAACCAAAUAAAAUUACAAUAGAAACAACAACAGCAAAGCCUGUAGUACGUGAGCAAAAACUGAAUGGCGAGAAGCAAAGUGUGAAACCUGAAACUACGACAGAAAAACCAAAAGUCACCACAACUGCAAAACCAAUCAAAAAAGAAGCUGAAGUAAAGCCAGAGAAGGCCCCUGUUAACGCUCAAGCGGCACCCAAAGUGAUUAAAGAAACUACAACUGCAAAACCAAUCAAAAAAGAAGCUGAAGUAAAGCCAGAGAAAGCCCCUGUUAACGCUCAAGCAGCACCCAAAGUGAUUAAAGAAACCACAACUGCAAAACCAAUCAAAAAACAAGCUGAAGUAAAGCCAGAGAAAGCCCCUGUUAACGCUCAAGCAGCACCCAAAGUGAUUAAAGAAUCUCAAAAGGCACCACAAAAAGAUAAGAAUCCAAAUAACAAGCCCUCUGCAGAUAAAUCUAAGGAAAAUAUCAAAGUAGAACAAAAUGCUCAACAAAAAACACCAAAUACUCAAAAGUCUAAUGACAAACCAACUCCUGCUAGCUCAAAUAAGUUACCCGAGAAGAAAACUGAAAGCAAUGAUAAGGCACCUAAGGUUAGUGAUGAAUCUCAAUCAAAACAAAAGAAACCUGUUCCCAACCACAUUCCAGUUAAAGAAGAGCUUAUGUCUGAUACAGCAAAACCCAUCAAAGAGAACUUGAAAGUCAUCAAAAAGAGUGGACCUGGGGAAAUUCCAACUCUAAAAGUUUAAUUCUCACUGAGUUAAUUUGUAGUAUAUAUUAUGGUUUUGUUAUUUUUUACCAUUUAUUUUAUUUUUAUGCAUGCUUAUAAUUUCAUAAAAAAAUUGUGAGGAAGGAGAAUUUUGAAAUGUUUAAGAAUUAUCAGUAUCAUCAGAAGAUCAGUUAAUUUGCACAUUUAAAGAAAUACAGUAUAUUAUAUUUUUCUUAAUACAAUAUGAAGUUUUAUAUUAUUUUGUUGGUUUUUACUAAAUGUUAUACUUAGAUGAAGAUAUUAAAUUUUAUUUAUAAAGAUGAGUAAAAGUAUUAAGAAGAGUAAACGAUAAUCUUGAUAAUGCUAAACUCUUACAGUUGCUAAAUCUCAAAAAUUUGUGUAGAUUCCAUAUAUAAUAUGUUUGAUUUUACAAUUAUUUUUGUUUAGUUUCACAACAAUAUAACUAAUAAAAAUCUUAUUUAGUUAAUUUAAGUGCAUUUAUAUAAUUUCAAAGAUCAAUUUUUACAAGUACAUUAACAAAAACAAUGUUUACUAUUUCUAUUUAAACAGUUACCUACUCAUUCAUUCUGCAAAGAUUUUUUGAAUGCUUAUUGUAUAUAAAAGCAUUGCAUAUAGGUGAUAGGAUGCAAUGUAUUGAAUAUAUUUUUAACUUUGUUAUUCUGGUUGUUUUAUGAAGGAUAUUAUUAUUAUUUACAUAUGCAUUUAAUAUUGUGUAACUCAAAAUAGGUAUAUUAGCUAAAUUAAGCUAAAGUUUUAUAUUAAUUUAGACUCACAUUCCUUUUAUUAUAUUUUUUUUUAAUUUAGGUAUUAGUAAUUUAUUAUUUUUAGAUAUUGUGAUCGAACAUUCUCAAAUAAUUUUUACUCAUAUUUUAAGAUAUGUGAUAUACAUUCAUUUUGUCUUUGACAAUAAAAAUAAAACAAACUGUCGUAAUUUAUUUAUAUGCAGUUUUUUAGAUAGAACAUUGAAAAGCUUUUUUUAUAUUGAUAUAAUAAUUUACUUACAUGGUUGUGGUUAUCACAAAUUAAUACACUAUUUUUAUAUUUAAAUAAAUGUUAAUUGUAAUAUUCUUAUAAUAAAAGCAAUUCCUUUUGUA